AUGAUGCAGUCUGGGGCUUUGCUGGCCAUGAUGGCCACAUGCAGCUCAGCUUUUGUUCGUCCUUGGGCUUCGUUCAACAGACUGCCGACAGCGGCCUCGUCGGCAACGAGAGCGGCGUCCUCUGUGAGGAUGGCUGAUGAGCCGCUUGGAGUGGGAGUCAUCGGCUGCGGCAGGAUCGGAGAUGUGAGUGCAUGA